AUGGUCGCCAAGAGGGUGUUCAGUUCGACAAAAUUGCUCAUCGUAUCGAAAAGUUGUGCUAUGGACUCAAUCCGGACUUUGUGGAUCAUAUUGAAGUAUCGAAAAAGGUGAUUGCGGGUUUAUUCAAAGGUGUUUCGACAGUGCAGUUGGACAAUUUGGCAGCUGAAACGGCCGCCGAUAUGACCACUAGGCAUCCAGAUUAUGCAAUUUUAGCGGCUCGUAUUGCAAUUUCGAAUUUACACAAACAAACUAAAAAGUUAUUUUCGGAAGUAGCCACUCUUCUGUACAAUGCGCAUCAUUCAAAAACUGGUGUUCACACUCCGGCGAUUAGCAAGGAGAUUUACGAUAUCAUAAUGGCUAAUGCUGAUCGACUCAAUUCAAGGAUCGUUCACGACCGUGACUUUUCGUUCACGUAUUUUGGUUUCAAAACAUUGGAGCGUUCGUAUUUGAUCAAGUUGAACGGUGUGCCUGUUGAAAGACCGCAGCAUUUGUUUAUGCGUGUCGCAGUCGGAAUUCAUAAAGAAGAUAUCGAUGCAGCUAUUGAAACCUAUGAUCUGAUGUCUGAACGGUGGUUCACGCAUGCCACACCAACUUUGUUCAACAGUGGAACGUGUCGUCCACAGAUGUCAUCGUGUUUCUUGUUGACGAUGCAAUCAGAUAGCAUUGAGGGAAUAUUCGAAACACUGAAGCGAUGCGCACUGAUAUCGAAAAGUGCCGGUGGAAUCGGUCUGAAUGUCCACUGUAUUCGAGCAACUGGUUCGUCGAUUGCCGGUACGUGUGGUGUAUCGAACGGUCUUGUUCCAAUGCUGCGAGUCUUUAACAAUACAGCACGUUACGUUGAUCAAGGAGGGAAUAAGCGUCCUGGUGCAUUCGCAAUUUAUCUCGAGCCUUGGCAUGCGGACAUCUUCGAAUAUUUGGAUUUACGCAAGAACACAGGCGAUGAGUUGGAGCGUUGUCGUGACUUGUUCUUCGGUUUGUGGGUACCGGAUCUGUUCAUGCAACGUGUACGCGACAACCAGAAAUGGUCACUGAUGUGUCCGGCGGAAUGCCGAGGUUUGGAGGAUUGUUGGGGUGAAGAAUUCGAGAAACUUUACACGAAGUUAGUUUUGUCGAGAGAAGAGUUUUCGUAG